AUGUCACGAGAAGCGAAUCUCUCGGUCGCAGAGCGCGAGUUUGUCCUCGAGGCUCUGCGCCAGGGCCAGCGCCUCGAUGGGCGUCAGGCAGACCAAUACCGUCCUCUGAGCAUCUCUUUUGGUGAAGAGUACGGGCAUGUGAAGCUACAGCUGGGAAAGACUAGCCUCGUUGUGCGCAUCUCUGCUGAAGUCACAAAACCUCGCGACGAACGACCCUUUGACGGUCUCUUUAACAUCAAUGUCGAGUUAUCUGCUAUGGGCUCCCCCGCUUGGGAGAAUGGCCGCUCCAAUGACGCCGAAGCCUAUGUUGCAAACGUCGUCGACAGAGUAGUUCGCCAUUCAAACGCUCUAGACACCGAGUCACUUUGCAUCGUUCAGGGUGUUAGCUGCUGGAGCAUUCGGGCCGACGUACACGUACUAGAUUUUGACGGGAACCUCACAGAUGCGGUCUGCAUUGCUGUCAUGACCGGACUACAGCAUUUCCGCCGGCCGGAUGCUGUGGUGCGCGACGGCCAAGUUAUUGUCUACGGUAUCGAUGAGCGGGUGCCGGUUGCCCUCAAUAUCACACACAAGCCAUUAUCAGUGACCUUCAAUGCCUUCAAUGAGGGCAAGAAUCUCAUCCUUGAUGCUUCAUUGAAAGAAGAGCUGGCAUCGGAGGGUGAGCUUGUGAUCGGAAUCAACAACGGUGGGGAGGUCUGCUUUCUGUCCAAAUUCGCAGGUGCUCCUGUGGACGCGCACGACAUCGUCGAGAAAUCAAAUGUCGCUCUAGAGAAGGUCAAGGAGAUUAACGCCCGGAUCGACAAGGUGCUUCUCGCUGAUCUCUCACGGAGGGGCAAGAAGGGUAUGAUGGAGGAAUCGCGGGCAGAAAAUGAUCGAGAGAUAGACUCGAGGACGACUACCGUUGUAUGA